AUGACCGCAUCUAUUUCCUCGCACUUCGGUCACGAUCAGCGUCGCGCGCAAACACUGUUUGUUAAUAUCGAGCAUUAUUUUAAGAUUUUAUAUUAUUCGUCUCCGAGCACCAGUUCCAGUUGUAUUAAUUUCCUCUCCCAUCAUGUUCAUAGCGUCAAGUUUGCCUUUUCCUCCUGUUGCUUCCGCGUAUUAAUUUUGCAUAAACUGAUACGAUUUUUCGACGACAAUUUGCGAGAAGAUAGAAGCGAUAGCUGUAGGCUGGGACAGUACGUAGCACGACUGCUGUGUUGCUAUUUUCUGCGAUGUUGGCGCUCACGUAUAUGACGAAAACUUGAAUCUUUUUUCUUUUGAAACAAAUCGAUACGCCUGUUCCUCAAAGAGUAUGAAAUGCAUGUGAUUACUUCAAGUUUGCAUGGUUCAGUAACUCGAGGCCAUGAAGAUAGAAUACACUGACUUUUUUAAUAUUUUCUGGGAUUUUAACGCUCGCGCAUACAACGAGAACGAGAAAGAGAAACUGUUUGAAUCCACACAGUUCCCUGAUGGGUCGCAAGAAGAGGAGCAUGCUGCAUCAUUUGCAAUCCGCAUGGUGCGAUAGUGUCAGGCUGGGACAGGAGCGCUGCCUUUUGGCUACUUUGUGUGCUUUUGGCGCUCACGUAUACAACGAGAAACUGAGUCUUUUUGAGUAGAAACGCUUUUUCCUUUAGUUACUAAAAGAUUAUCCAAUUACUUUCCAGUCCGCGUGGCAUAGUAACUCCAAAGCGUGAAAAUAAGGAAUAUACUUUGGGCAUUUUUCGAUAUUUUGACGCUCACGAACAGGACGAGAAAUUGACUUUUUUUGAAUAUUACACGUAGUUUGCUUACAACUCUCAAGAAAAGCAUUUUGUUC